AGUCCGCCUUUUAAUCCCAACAAUUAUGCAUUGUUCUGGUGCUUUAUUAACAGCUUUUGCUUUAUUAUUUUCAUUUCUUGGACAUUUUGGGCAUAAUUGGAAAACUAUAUGUUCAGCAAUUUUGUAUAUUUGUGGAGCUUUAAUCGUUCUUAUUGGGGUUUUACAAGUGAUUUGUAUUGUGGAUGAUGAAAUGGCACCUAGAAUGAAGCCUAAUGCGGCUGGAGAACCCUCUGUAACCGCCUUCUUUUUACGACAUCAAACACCAACCGACAAAAGUCUCGUUGUACCGGGACUACAUGAAUUACUCAAUCAAGUUACAAUAAUUAGAACGAGAACCCAUCGUUUAGGAAGGCUUGGAGGCUUUGCCCUCCAAGGUAGUAAUAAUGGGGGAGGAAGUAGUGGAAGGUUUGCAAAUAGAAGACGGUCAUCUAGAGCAUCUAAAGAUUUGAGUGGAAUGAUGUUAAGUGGGGGUGGUGGUGGGUUAAAUGGAGGAGAACCUGUUGUUCAAAGAGUUUUUUCUUUUCAACAUCUUUUUGUUUAA